AUGAAUACUACAUCUUGUCAAGACAUCAGUUUUACCUUUCCAAAAAAGUUUUUGCCUCCUGUCUUUAUCUUAGUGUUCAUCGUUGGACUGGUAGCUAAUGGAUGGGGACUGAAGUCUUUGCUGCACAACUGGAAGAAACUGGGGAAUGUCAAUGUCUUCAUUCUCAACCUUGGACUUGCCGACAUUUUGUAUCUGCUGACACUUCCUUUUCUGGUGGUGUACUACUUAAAAGGAAAUGUGUGGAUCUUUGGAGAUGUUUUCUGCAAGGUAACAAGAUUCUGCUUCAACCUGAAUUUGUACUGCAGCAUUGGCUUCCUCACUUGUAUAAGUGUGUACAGAUACCUGGCCAUUGUCCAUCCAAUGAGAGUGAUGGGAAGGAUAACUGUGUCUCACACUGUGAUCAUCUCAGCCAUGGUUUGGAUCCUGGUGAGUGUUCAAAGUCUUCCAGACAUGUUUUUCCCCAAAUCAUCAAGCAACAUGACUGGGGAAUGUUUUGAUACCACCUCCAAUGAAUAUGUUGAGGAUUACCUGAAGUACAGCUUCAGCUGGACAAUUAUUGGAUUUGGUAUCCCCUCUCUCAUCACAUUGGGCUGCUAUGGACAUGUGAUUACUGUUCUCUUCUGCAAAGACAACAUUAAUCAGGUACUGAAGCAAAGAAGCUUGAAGUUGCUGAUCAUUUUAAUUCUUCUUUACUCUAUUUGUUAUAUUCCUUAUUAUACACUCAAGAACCUCAACCUUUGGUCAAGAAUUCUGUCUAAACACAAAAUAUGCCACCAAUGGGCCGAUGGAGUCUACAUUGCUCAUCGCAUCAGUCGUGGUCUUGUAUGUCUGAACAGUGCUCUGAAUCCUCUGGUUUACCUCCAUGUAAAUGAGGAAAUUUCUGCUCAACUCAGACAGCUGCUCCAGAGGUUCCGCCAAGCUGCCACCCAACUGUAUACCAACAAUCAAUUUCAUAACAUGACAAUCUUAUAG